AUGUCAAAGUACGGUUUAGAAUCACACCAAAGUCAAUUAACUCAGGGAUUAAGGAGAAAUAGAUCACAUAGGCAAUCGCUUGGUCAAAACAAGUUAAGCAAGAGUCCAUGGGAAGAAGAGAAUGAUGCGUUGAAUAGAGAAGCUCCUAUGAUACACAACAAGUUGUAUUGUGACCUGGUCAAGAAAAAUGUGAAAUUGAGGCAAGUAUCGUCUAGUGUGCUCCUGAAGCUAGGUACGGAUGAUUUGCGUUCGGUCAAAUCACACACAGAAUUGGCAGAAACAGCUAACGGGGUUCGUAUGUUAGCCAAAAACUUGGCGAAGGCUACGAUUCAGUUGGAGGUUAAGGCAAUUAUGAUAGUGACGAAGGCAAGAGACAAUUCAUUAAUUUAUUUGACCAGAGAGAUAGUGGACUAUUUAUUAGCGAAAAACAAAGACAUUACAGUAUACGUGGAUCGUAAUUUACAGAAGCUGAAACGAUUCAACGCAGUUAAUUUGUAUGAGACCGUUCCAAAGGCCAAAAAGUACGUCAAGUACUGGGACAAGAAGUUUGCAUUACAGAACCCGCAAAAAUUCGACUUGGUGGUUACAUUAGGUGGGGACGGGACGGUGUUGUAUGUGUCGAACCUAUUCCAGAGAGUGGUGCCACCGGUGAUAUCGUUUGCGCUUGGUUCGUUGGGGUUUUUGACAAACUUCAAAUUUGAACAGUUCAGGGAGAGAAUGUCUAACGUAUUGGAUGCCGGUGUCCGGGCAUACUUGAGAAUGAGAUUCACCUGUCGUGUUCACAGGGCCGAUGGGAAGCUUAUUUGUGAGCAACAGGUGUUGAACGAGUUGGUGGUGGAUAGAGGUCCCAGUCCGUAUGUGACUCAGCUCGAAUUGUACGGAGAUGGCUCGUUGUUGACAGUGGCCCAGGCAGAUGGCCUCAUCAUCGCUACACCCACUGGGUCUACUGCGUACUCACUCUCAGCCGGGGGGUCGUUAGUGCAUCCCGGUGUCAGUGCAAUAAGUGUUACGCCGAUCUGUCCUCACACCCUCUCGUUCCGUCCAAUAUUGUUGCCCGACGGCAUGUUCCUCAAGGUCAAGGUCCCCAGUACCAGUCGGUCCACAGCAUGGGCGUCGUUUGACGGUAAAGUCAGAACCGAGUUGCACAAGGGCGACUACGUCACCAUCCACGCUAGUCCGUUCCCCUUCCCCACUGUCAUUUCGUCCAAAACAGAAUACAUCGACAGUGUUAGCCGCAACUUAAAUUGGAAUGCCAGAGAACAACAGAAACCUUUCACCCACCUUCUCAGCGAAAACAACAAGAAAAUCUACGAAAAUUCGCCCGCAAACCUCGACUCCCACAUCAACAACCUCUCUCUCGCCCCCGACGAGUUCGAUAUCGACUACACCGACGAAGAAAACUCAUCCCUCUCCGACGAGGACAUCCCCUUUGUCCCUUCUCCCGAAGAAGGCUUGGAAACUCCCCCUACCUACGGAACAUUCGAAGACCGUCCCUGCUUCGCACAUCCGAAUGCAAAAAUAUCGCUCAACGGCUCGUCGUCCAUGUCCAAUUUUUCGUCUCCUACAUCUGCCGAGUCCGACACCCUUACUAUGUAUCCUAAACAUAGAAUAAACAACAACCACACCCCUAACAAUUGA